GACAUGCUGUCCCUGAUUCAUGCUGUUGUUCAGUAGGUGGCGCUGAUGCACCAAAGAGUUUAAUCAUCAACCUUCAUGAAGAAGAAGAAGAAGAAGAAGAAGAGCUCCGCCUCUGUCUUCUAUCACGUCCUCAGACAGGAUUUAAAUAGCUGUGAAGCAGCAGACCAGAGUUUACUGUUGAGUAGAAAGACAUUGAUCAGCAACGAUGAGUGGAAGAGGCAAAGGAGGAAAAGGACUCGGUAAAGGAGGCGCAAAGCGUCACCGUAAAGUUCUCCGUGAUAACAUCCAGGGAAUCACCAAGCCCGCUAUCCGCCGUCUGGCUCGCCGUGGUGGAGUGAAGCGUAUCUCCGGUCUGAUCUACGAGGAGACCCGCGGUGUGUUGAAGGUGUUCCUGGAGAAUGUGAUCCGUGAUGCCGUCACCUACACCGAGCACGCCAAGAGGAAGACCGUGACCGCCAUGGAUGUGGUGUAUGCUCUGAAGAGACAGGGACGCACUCUGUACGGCUUCGGUGGAUAAACACACUCUGUUGCUUUAU